AUGCUAGUACUUGGGCUGGGAGAAGUCGCAGCACUCCUUUGCGCUGUGCUCUAUUUCGUCUACAAGUUCUACUCAAUCACACUUGCCUUCAGCCUAUUAUGCUUAUUUCUGGGAGUUUCGUUCAGCUACCUAGCUUAUGGAAAGACCUACUGGCGCAGACAAGCGAUUCCCGGUCCAGCCGCUAAUAUUCUUACCGGGAAUGCUAAAGAAUACGCGAAAGGACUUCACACCAUAGAUGAGAGAUGGAUUGCAAAAUACGGGAAAACCUACGGGAUGUUUCUAAUGUCUUCACCUGAACUCGUAUCUAUUGAUCUCGACAUACUUCGCACCGUGCUGGUCAAGGAAUUUGAUCAUUUUACGGACAGAACUAACUUGCUCAAUGUGGAUCCGUCAGAUCAGAAAUCUCUACUGGCCACUUCGCUGGUUUCAUUGAAAGGAUUGUACUGGUCGAAUGUACGCAGCCACGUGGCUCCAGCUUUCUCUACGGGGAAGAUAAAAAUGAUGACACCAAUUUUUAAUGAGUGCGCAGAAAUUUGUCUAAAAAUUCUGGACGAAUACGAGGCAAAUGGACAACCAGUUCCAGUACGAGAUGUCAUAACUCGUCUCACACUUGAUAUGACUGCAAAAUGCGCUUUCGGGUACGAUUUCAACGUCCAACAUAACUCAUCAUCGCCUUUCAUUCAGUUUGCCAGAAAAUUCUCCGAGUUUGAUCUUCGCUCACCCGAAGUGACAUUUGUUAUUCUCUUCCCAAACAUCGCUGCCGCCUUUCAAAAGAUUACCGGCGUGUCUGUGCUCAACAAUGCUGCAAAUAAGUUCUUCCUUAGCGUUCUCGAGAAACUUUUUGAGGAGAGGAAAGAACGUAGUGAUUCGAUCCACAGCGACUUUUUUCAAAUUCUACUUAACAGUCUUGUCGAGGAUGACAAGGAAAGGGUAAGAGACGAAGAGAUAGAGUUUGAUCUCCAACGCACAAGCAAAGUGUUGACAAAAGGAGACAUUCUUGGUCAGGCUUUCAUGUUUGUUUUGGCUGGAUUCGAGACUACACCAGCUGCUCUUCACCUAGCCGUCUACAUGCUGGCAGUACACCAAGACAUCCAGCAACGUUGCAGAGAAGAAAUUCAAGCGGUUUGCAAAAACCAGACUGAUAUCACACCCGAAAUGUUGAAUGAAUUGAAGUAUUUGGAUCAAUGCAUUGCUGAAACAUUGCGGAUGUAUCCACCAGUUGUAAGAACAAACCGCCUCUGUACAAGCGAUGUUACAAUCAAUGGAAUAAAAAUGAAGAAAGGAUGUAUUUUUACUCUUCCAAUACGAGCAAUUCAUUACUGCGAAGAGUAUUAUCCAUCUCCAAAGAUGUUCGACCCGGAGAGAUGGACAAUAGAGAAUCGUUCGACUCGAGAUCACCUGACAUACGUCCCAUUUGGUUAUGGACCAAGAAAUUGUAUAGGAAUGAGAGUUGCGCAGAUGCAAAUGAAGGUGGCACUGGCGCAUAUUUUGAGGAGAUACGAACUGCGACCUGGUGAAGUGCUCGAUCUACCUCUUCAAAUCAACACUGUGGGCAGCAUGAGAACAGUGGAAGAGCUAAGUGUUAUACUUACCAGGAUUUGA